UGUGUGUGUGUGUGUGUGUGUGUGUGUGUGUGUGUGUGUGUGUGUGUGUGUGUGUGUGUGUGUGUGUGUGUGUGUGUGCGUUGGUAUUCCUAUCUUUAUGGGGACAUUGAUCUGUAUACACAGUCACCUUAUGGGGACCAAAAACGUUAUGGGGACAAAAAUCUAGGUCCCCAUAAGGGAAACCAUUAAAACAUAUUGGGGAGACUGUAUAUAUGUGCCUUACAAAGUUUUAGCUUAGGCCCAUAACGAACGACCUCAUCGGAUCACACGGUUCACACGGAUUCUCUAUGUUGCCACCUGUAGUCAGGAACCGGAACUUUUUGGGGGUGGGGCUUGGCCGAGCCUUACACACAUUUUGCAAGCCUAAUUUAUGCAAAUCACGGUACCGCCCACUUAACGGAGGUGUUUGCGUGAUUUGCGCAUGUGCAAUAGCUUUGAGAGGUAAGAGCACCGUAAAGUUUUGUUCUAUUAAGCAAUUAUAAUACUUAUCUUUCGAGUAAAAUAAAUAAGAUUAAAUAAACAAUAAAUGUAGGUGUGUAAAAAAGUGGCUGCUAUGUUAAUAUUUUCAAAAAAUUGUUAAAAUGGUGAAACGAGAGCUGCGUUAUGGCGAAGUGUAGUUUUAUCUGACCAUUAAUGAGUUUUCAGCACCACGGGAAGUAGAAACAUAGACGAAAGGAAGAUUCUACUGCUUUUACACGACCAAAUACAGUGAAAGCAGUUUGAAAUGCCACCACGAAUCAGCCCACUUAAGGAUGCCAUUCAUUACGUUGCUUCAAAGACUGACAAAACAUGGAAAUUAGAUGUGAAGUACAUCAAUGCAGAGAAAGGCCGUGGUAUAUUUGCAAAGGGUUUGAUUUGCAAAGGAGAUUUUGUUGUUGAAUAUAGGGGAGAAAUGAUAAACAAUGCGGAAUCCCAGAGAAGAAGAAAACUUUACCACCCAUCAUGUACUGCAUUUAUGUUUGCGUUCAAGUGGAGAGGGAAAAUGUAUUGUAUUGAUGCCUCUAAAGAAGAUGGAUCCUUUGGGCGGCUAGUUAAUGAUGACCACAGGCAUCCAAACUGUAGGAUGAAAAAAAUUGAUGUGAAUGGAAACCCGCACCUUUGUCUGUUUGCACUAAAUGACAUUAAUGAAGGAGAAGAGAUUUCCUAUGACUAUGGAGGUGACGACUGCCCAUGAAGAAAACAAGCGACCAGCAUUACAGCUAAUGCCAUGGGGCCGGACGACUCUCAACCUUCCCUCUUGUCAAAGACUCCGAUAUAUGAUGCUACUGGACCAAACAACACACCUCAACAGAUUUUGUCUUUUGCUAAUGCCAUGGGGCCGGACGACUCUCGACCUUCCCUCCUCUCAAAGACUCCGAUAUAUGAUGCUACUGGACCAAACAACACACCUCAACAGACGACCAGCAUUACAGCUAAUGCCAUGGGGUCGGACGACUCUCGACCUUCCCUCCUCUCAAAGACUCCGAUAUAUGAUGCUACUGAACCAAACAACACACCUCAACAGAUUUUGUCUUUUGCUAAUGCCAUGGGGCCGGACGACUCUCGACCUUCCCUCCUCUCAAAGACUCCGAUAUAUGAUGCUACUGGACCAAACAACACACCUCAACAGACGACCAGCAUUACAGCUAAUGCCAUGGGGUCGGACGACUCUCGACCUUCCCUCCUCUCAAAGACUCCGAUAUAUGAUGCUACUGAACCAAACAACACACCUCAACAGAUUUUGUCUUUUGCUAAUGCCAUGGGGCCGGACGACUCUCGACCUUCCCUCCUCUCAAAGACUCCGAUAUAUGAUGCUACUGGACCAAACAACACACCUCAACAGACGACCAGCAUUACAGCUAAUGCCAUGGGGUCGGACGACUCUCGACCUUCCCUCCUCUCAAAGACUCCGAUAUAUGAUGCUACUGAACCAAACAACACACCUCAACAGAUUGCCAAUGAAGAUGAGGUUUUUGUACCAAGACUCAGACGGACUAAAAGUAUUGAAAUGAAAGACGCUGUUCCUGACAAUUCUGAUGAACUUUAUGAUUCCACAUCAGGGAGUAAUGAUGAUUAUAUUCCAGAUACCACUUGUGAAAGUGACAGUGGAAGUGAAUACAGCUUUAAACAAAACCUAAGGACCAAGAAUCAGUCUUUUGAUUUGCUUGAUGUCUCUGGUUCAGUGAGUUCCCAAGUCUGUGACUCGACAACCCCAGACAAAAUGACUUAUGAUGACCACAACCUUGCAUCUGAAGUCACUGGAGCAGAAGAAGAAGAACCCUCUUCAAGUCAGAAUGUAAAUGACAUCAUGGUUGUUAAGGCAUUAAAAAAAAGAGGAGGGAAUAGAAUUUACAACAAGAAACACUAUUGCUUGUAUUGCUCUAAACCAUAUUCUAAGAUCGCAAGGCAUCUAGAAGGUGCACAUGAAAAUAAACCUGAUGUAGCUAAAGCUCUAAGCUUUCCAAAGGGUUCCAAGGAGAGGAAAAAACAGCUAGAUUAUAUUCGUAACAGAGGAAAUUAUGCUCACAAUGCUGCUGUAAUGGAGUCAGGAAAGGGGGAACUAGUGCCAUUUAGGCGACCUCAUAAAGAAGUGCAGGGAAAGGAAUUCAUGCACUGUGCAUAUUGUCAAGGUCUUUUUACAAGAAAGGUUCUUUGGCGGCAUAUGCAUAAUUGUAAACUUAAACCCGGAUCAGUCACCUCCAAACCAGGAAAGAACCGUGUUCAGUCCAUGUGUACAUACACAGGGCCUGUGCCUUCACACGUAAGUAAACAACUGUGGGGAGUAAUCGGUGCCAUGAAUCCUGACCCAGUCACAGAUAUAAUCAAAAAUGACCAAGUCAUUAUUGCUCUUGGACAGCACUUGUUAAACAAAGGUGGACCAUCACGCAAGAAUCAACAGUAUGUUCGAGAGAAGAUGAGAGAAAUCGGAAGGCUGAUUUACAAUGCCAGCAAAGUGACCACCUUAAAAAAAUUGGAAGAUUUCAUAAAUCCAAAGAACUACAUGGACACUGUCAAAGCUGUCAAGUUUACAUGUGGGUAUGACAGUGAAACAAACAAGUUCUUAAUUCCAUCACUGGCAAACAAACUUGGAAAUGCCUUGGUUAAAGUAAGUAAACUUUUAAAAGCUCAGGGUUUAAUCUCAAACAACAAAGAGCUUGUUGAGAAUGCCAGUAAGUUUCUAGAUGUCCAUCAGCAAAAGUGGAAUGAGAUGAUCUCAGCUACUGCAUUGAGGAACAUCAGUGAAGCAAAGUGGAAUGUGCCCACUCUCAUGCCCUUUACUGAAGAUGUCCAAAAAAUGCAUGCAUAUCUCAAUGAAAUGCAGGAUAACUGGUACAAAUCGCUCUAUGAAAAUCCCUCUGUAAAAGCCUGGAUUGAGCUUACAAAGGUGUGUAUGACCCAGAUCAUUCUCUUUAACCGGCGCAGGGAAGGAGAGGUGGCAAGCAUGCCCUUAUCUGCAUUUUUAUCGAGAGACACCUCUGAUCCACAUCAGGAUGUGGACUGGGCUCUGUCUGAAGUGGAAAGAAAACUUUACAGACACUUUACACGGAUUGUCACCAGGGGGAAACGUGGUCGCCCAGUUCCAAUUCUAUUGACUCCAAAAAUGCUGUGUGCAUUAGAACUCCUUGCUAAGCAGAGAGGGGCCUGUGGGGUACUAAAGGACAAUCAGUAUAUGUUUGCGAGACCAGAAGCUAUGACACAUUUCCGAGGUUCUGAUUGCAUCCGUGGAUUUGCCAAGGUGUGUGGUGCAAAAUGUCCUGAAUCACUGACAUCUACCAGACUGCGAAAGCAUGCUGCAACCCUUUCAACUGUGCUGAACAUGACAGACACAGAGAUGGACCAGCUGGCCACCUUUCUUGGACAUGACAUUAGAAUCCAUCGUGAGUUCUAUAGACUCCCUGAGAAGACCCUGCAACUUGCAAAGAUCAGCAAAGUUCUAAUGGCACUCGAGCAGGGAAGAUUAGCUGAGUUUCAUGGCAAGAACUUGGAUGAAAUUCAGAUAGAUCCAGAUGAAAAAGUUCUGGACAGUGAUGAGGAAGACUUCCAGGAGAAAUGUCAGGCAGAUUCAUCAAUUAUAGAUGAACCAUCAGCAGAGGAGAUACUUCCUCCUACCGAAAGGAAUGAAAUGCCGCCACCACCGUCCAAGAGACAUAAACCACUACCAUUAGAUGAUACAUCACCGUCAGUAGUCAGUACUGUGAGGCCUUCAUCCAAAGGUAAAGUGACCCAAAAGAAGAGACCCUGGCAGCAGACAGAGGUGCAGGCAGUGGAGAGGCACAUGAAUCGGUUCAUCAUAUCUGGUAUUGUGCCAGCAAAGAGCGAUUGCGAGAGGUGUUUAAGAGCGGAACCAGAAGCUCUUAAGCAAAGAAACUGGGAGAACUUGAAAUUCUAUGUGUAUAAUCGCAUCACGGCCUACAAAAGGGAAAUUCAACGUAAAUAGGGUUAAAGUUACGAAUUCUCUGGUAUGGCUUUUUGUUUCCGUUUGCCAGUGAUUUGGAAAAGUUCCUGUUUUAAAACUCAGUCAACAGGAAUUUAUUUGCUUUUAGAUUCAUUUGACUUCAUUUGGUGAGUUUG